AUGGAUUUUUCAAAAAUUGAUGUGCUUGAAAACGUUGGUACAUUGUACACUGAGUACAAAAAAAACAACGGGACAGAAUAUCACAGAAUCGGAAUUUUUCAAAUUUGCAUUCCAAGAAUCGAUUGCAGAAAUGGAUCAUAUAAAGGUGCGUCUCCACCAAAACGCACGGCCGCACGAACGGUUUCGUACGUCGUUCGAUCGUACGACACCGUACGUUCAAAGCCAAUGUCUACACCUAAUCGUACGAAUAUGUGUACGUAUGUCUCUCCCGUUCGCUUGAUUUCGCCAGUUAGCUCCGUACGCUUGAAUAGAAAACGUGUCUACUUUUUUAUUCUAACUAUGAAUAAUGAACUAGUUCAUGAAAGUUAUGACUUUGACACUAUGACAGCCUGCGCUGGGUAUAUUAUCAUUCAUUCUUUACUGAAAAAAGAAAAAAGAAGAAAAAAAGGAAAUAUCCAGGCUGGUGGAUGA